UGAGUAGUAGUAGUUGUAGGUUAUACAUUCUCAUCCUCUCGAAGAUGGUUGGCAGGAGGCUGGUGGAGCAAGGAGACGCCGGCGGGGUCCCGCCGGCGGGUGGUGACUGGAGGUCACAGCUACACCCGGAUGCUCGGCGACGGAUCGUGAACAAGAUAACGGAAACUUUAGCAAAGCACUUGCCAAUCUCUGUACCCGAGGGAUCUGCCGAACUUGAAAAAAUUGCAGUGAGAUUUGAGGAUAGAAUUUACAUUGCUGCUACUAGUCAGUCUGAUUAUUUGCGGAAAAUCUCUUUAAAAAUGAUUUCAAUGGAGACGAAGACCUCUGCGUCAAUUAGUCCACCAUCACUAAAUCCAGCGGGUGGGAAUUGAAGUGAAAUAUAGACCCAGAUGGAGUCUGGGAAGGAGGUAAGACGCCCGGUCUGCAGCUCAAGGACCUAUAUAUCAAAACUGUAUGCUUGCCUUGGAGUUGCAUACAGAGUAAACUCUAUUCUAUCAGUUAUACCAUCAGAUUGUUAAGUUCAAACAUAUUCCAUCUGGAAAACUUCAACUAUGAUCAGAAGACUUGUAAGAUAAAAUAAAUAUAUUAUGGAUUGUCUGCUUGUAAUAUUUCUAUUUACCAUAUA